AUGGAUGGUCAUAAAAUCCCCGAAAAGGCCGCAAAAGAUGAGUCUAAAGUGCAUGAAAAUCCCGGCCAGUUAGCGUGUUUUCAUCGUAGUAUGCACAAAUUAGCAAAGUUAUUAAUGCUGAAGAUGUACAAUAUCGGGGUAUUUUGUUCUAUGUUUAUCACUCUGGAUUUUGUGGCCUUUGGAUUUGUAAAAGUGUGCAUUUUGCUUUUGGAAAGGUACCACUCGAUGCAGUUCAGCAGCAGCUUGAAUAUCAAGUGGUCAGCAUUCCACAAAAUUGCAAGCCAUCAAGUGGAAGUGAUCAGCGCCUUCUUGGUUUCCAAAAGACAGUUUUGCGAGAAGAGCCUCAAGGAGAGGAGAGGAAGGCGUCGAAGCGAAGAUCAUGAAUGCCAAUCCAUCACCCAAAAAGUCCAUGGGACAACCACGAGAUGCAAUCGCAAAGCUCACGACAUUUCCAAACAGACUAUAGUUCUUUGGACUUGGAAUAUCGCCGGAAGUGAUGGUAGAGUAUAUAGAGUCGAAGGGCCGCCGGGAAGAUGA